GGUCCCUCACGUGACCCCAGCGCACUCCCGCGUCGGGGAGAGUGGAGUCUCGGAGGCGGCGCCGCGGGUUAGAGAGGGACAGGCCGAGCGUUGUGCGCCGCAGCUCUCGCCGGAACACCAGCGCUGAAUUCGAGAUGUCGGGGCUCACCCGCCUGCUGCCUUGGGCCGCUGCAUGCCUGGCCGCGCUCUGUGUGCUGACCGCGGUUGAGGGCACUGCCGCCCUGACCGCGAACACCACCGUGCAGCCGAACGUGACUUCAGCGCCCACCAACAGGACAGAACAGACGCUGUCGACGCUCCUGCCGGUCACCACUCUGGCACCAGAAACCUGUGAAAGCCGCAACAGCUGUGUUUCCUGUGUUAAUAAUGCUAGCAUUGCUAUUGAUAAUGCUGCCUGCUUUUGGAUGGAAUGUAAAGAAGAUAAAAACUACUGUUCACAUAAUGCAACAAUUAGUGGUUGUCAAGUAGUGAACCGCACAGAUUUCUGUUCUGUGCCCACUGCCACUCCAUUGCCAACCAAUUCUACAGCUAAAACCACAACUAUACCUUCCCCUUCUACAACUACUGCACCAGGUACAACUAAUACCACUUUAACUCCAACGUCACAACCUAUGCGAAAGUCUACCUUCGAUGCAGCCAGUUUCAUUGGAGGAAUUGUCCUUGUCUUGGGUGUGCAGGCUGUAAUUUUCUUUCUCUAUAAAUUCUGCAAAUCAAAAGAACGAAACUACCACACUCUGUAAACAGACCCAUUAAAUUAACAAGGACUGGCGUAUAACUCACUGAAACCAAAAUAUCAUCUUACAAGAUACCCCACAUGGAAGACGCUAUUCCAGGAUCUUUAAAUUUUCAAAGGAUACAUAUAGGAUAUUUUGGAGCAUCAUCCUUGAAGAAAAAUCAGUUAAUCAUUUUGCUCAACAGGAGUAUUUAAAAUAUUCUGCAUGAAUCCUUGUGGCUGUCUUCUUUUAUUUUUAAUGGCUGCUGCUCUGGGAUUAUGUUCUCAUUUCUUGACAUGCCAAAUGUAACUCUGUAAGUGAUGGAAAACAUUGUCCUGUGCAGACAACCUCAUGACUCUUUUGGCAUUUUGAAUUUAGUCAUUGUAAAGCCUGAAAGCUGCAUUUUCAUCCUAACUCAGGAUGUAGUUUAGUGACCAGAAUUGAGAAGAAUGUGCCAAAUGAGCAUCAAUCAGGUAGAGUUUUGGCUAUCGUUUCAAAAGUGGAAUAAAUUUAUAAAUUUAGUAUAUUUAGAGUAAACUGUAUCCUUAGAGUAAAAUUUUGUGCUUGGUAACAGUAAUUUUUUCUACAUUAGAAAUAAGAUGCCACCGAGGGAAUUACAUUCCAGAUUUAAAGAAAUGAAUGGAAAGGAUACAAACCAUUAAAGUAUAGCAAGUUAUUGUUAAUACUUGUAAAGCACCUUAUAUCAUUGAGAAAAUAAAGAACAGUGCCUUAAAAGACAGGCUCAAAGGUAGACUGUAACUUAAAAUGUUUGUGAUUUGUCGUUUCACAUUAAAGAAGGUAAAAGAUUGGUCUGAGGAUGUAACUGUUGAUGUGAGCAGUAGUAAACCUGCUUUUAGAUACCAUGCUGUUAAUAUUUAAUUGAAAACUUAACCUACUUUAUUUCAGACCUGAGUAACUUAAGCUAAAGGAUGUUAUACAAAGUUGAAAGCCUUCAUAUAUUGAACUUACCAACAUUUUUCUUAUGGCUAUGAAAAAAUACAGAGAUAAAAUUGAUUUAAUUAUUUUUCCUCUAUACUUCAAAAAAGUAUCCUAACUCUGUUGUACCUCUAAAGGGUUUCCACCAGGCUUUCUUGAAAAGUAAUUUUCAUGAGGCAGGAAGGAAAUAAGUUUUUUUAGAAUCAUUUACUCUUUAAAUGAGACAAUCAUUUUAGAUUUUGAGACAGCAAAUGUGACCAGUGUAAUUUCAGAGAAUCUGAGGAUUUUUGGUUGAUGAUAUUACUGUAGAUUUUUAAUGAUGAUUAUUUGACCUGGAUAAACAGAUUGUGCUCUUUCUUCUCUCCUUCUUAGUUUCAAUUCCCGUAGUAUAAUAAGCAUGCAUACUUUUAUUUGUUUAAUUUUCUUAGAAAGCAUUAGUUUUUUUGGUUUUAGAGGGAUACUUCUCCCUGCCUUUGAUGCAUUGGAUUAGUUCAGAGGCUUAAAUUAGUUUAACAUGAGCUUUUUGCUUUCCUAGGUCAUUAAAGUUUUUUGUUUGUUUUAGUUUCUUUAGCCUAUAGUGGCUGAGUUUAGUCCUUGGUUUUCAAUAUUUUAUAGUAAGAAAUAACAAGUUGCUUAGGUCCAUUUCAUAAGCCAAAAUUCCUUUCAUUAAGAUAAUUAAAGGUUCUUGAAGAUUUACUGUUUUUUUGUUGCUUGCUGGUACAGCUAAAGUUUAUUUUACUUGCACAUUUGUACAUACACCUAAUAUUUUCAAGUGCCUUAAUUGUUUAAAAUCUCUAGCUUCACAAGUUUUGGGGAAAAGGUAGGUUUACCUCACAUUUUUGUGUUUUCAUUAGUAGUAAUAUUCUAGGUACCUCACAAAAAAUUUUAUUAUGGUGCCAUGGCUGUUAGUUUUUAGUGAGUGCUGUAAGAUACAAGAUUCAUUUGAAAGUAUGCAGAAUUUCCAUUCCUCUCAAAGUGGCAAAAAUUAGCUACAAUGGCAUAAUUGACAUUUAUCUAGAUACUGUGUCACACAUUAAUGUCAACACAUAUAGCAAUUUUCAUGGAAAUGUAGCUGGUGAAGCCUCACAUCUUCUGUAAUUUUGAAUACUGCUUCUAACAACAAAAUCAUAAUAUAUGAAAUUCAUUAGAUUUUGCAAGAAGAGCUCUUACAACGGAACUCACAGCCUCCCCUUUGCCUGCCUUCUUUAGCAAUUUAGUAUCUGGAGCCAUUAAUAAUUUUUGGGUUUUUUUAAUCCAGAAGGUAUAUAGAAACCUUUUCAGAUUUUUCAUCUGAUUUGUUCAUGCAGAUGCAGUUCUAUCAAAAUACCGUAUUUUACCUUAAGAUAUUGCACAGGCAGACACUGCUGUAUUUAGAAAUUUCUUUUUCAGUUCAUUAAAAACUGCAAAACCAAUCUGUAUCGUGUAUCAAACUGAUUUAAAAUAAAUCUACAUGUUUAUUGAAUUAA